CGGAGCAAGAAACAAAUAUUGAGUUUGUACAAGAAAUUGAAAAACAUGCUUGUUUAUAUAACUAAACAAACUACCUGAAUACAUGCGAAAAAAUAUAAUAGACAAGACUUGGGCAGAAAUUGGGAACAAAUUUCAAAUAACAGGAUCAGAAGCUAAAGAAAAGUGGAAAAAUCUACUUAGUGUUAUUGUUCGCCACUUGAAACCGGCCAAAAGUGGAGCAGGUACUGCACAAAAAAAACCAUACUACUUAGCAGACUAUAUGCAAUUUGCUGUACCCUUCAUAAAAACAGCAGGAAAACCAUUAGGAAAUUUGAAAGAGACGAUAGAACCACAGACACCUGAUCUUGAACUAUGUGAACAAACACAGUUCACAGAAAAUGUACCUACAAGCACUCAACCAAUCUCGCAACAGCAAUCAUAUCUUCCUUCUACUAGUACAAACACUCAACCAAUCUCGCAACAGCAAUCAUCUCUUCCUUCUACUAGUACAAACACUCAACCAAUCUCGCAACAGCAAUCAUCUCUUCCUUCUACUAGUACAAGCACUCAACCAAUCUCGCAACAGCAAUCAUCUCUUCCUUCUACUAGUACAAGCACUCAACCAAUCUCGCAACAGCAAUUACCACCACCACCAUCAACAAAUAAUAAAAAAAAACGGAAGAAGCUGGAAGAAACUCAAGCCGAACAAGACAUUUCAGCUUAUUUUAAAUUUAAACAAUCUAAAAUUCUAGAAAACUGUGACAGUACUGAAAAUUCAAACAAAAUGUUCUUACUGAGUUUACUAUCGGACGUGAACAAAAUGACUGAUAGUCAAAGAAGACUGUUUAAGAGAAGAGUGCUUGCAUUGAUAGACGAUAUAAUGGACCAAAGUAGUGAAAAUAUGAAUAGUCCCAUCACACUUUAUUCUACUCCUUCACCGAUGAGUUCUGCCGAGGUAAUAAGUACGCCAAUUACCAUAAACGAAAGUCUGAAUGUAGUACAAUCAAAUACUGCUAGUCUUUAUUAUGAAUCAAUACCUAUGUUAUUAUCACAGGAAGAUGAAGAAUAAGUAAUAAUUAUAAAGUACUUACAUAUUAAAAUUUAAUAAACAUUUAAUUACCUACAUA